AAAGUUGAAGAGAUCGAUCGAUGGGCGGUGAAGACAGAAUCAGUGAGUUGUCGGAUGAUCUACUAAUAGAGAUACUACUGUUUCUUCCGACAAAAGAUGCAACGUUUUUGUCUAAACGAUGGCGGUUUGUGUGGAGAAAGUUGCCUAGACUUGACUACGAAGAAACGGGAAACAGUAGUAGCAAGAGCGUCUGGUGGCUUCUUGACGAGUCAAUGCGAUUUCACAAUGCACCUUCAAUAGAAAAGUUGCGUAUUAAUCUCGGUGUACAAUGUCCCGUUGAUGCUGAUGUUGCAAAGUGUGUUGCAAAAGCAGUUGAUCGCUGUUUGCGUAAGCUAAACUUCUACCUCGACUGGUUUGGCGAGCCGAUUACAAUGCCGAAGAAUCUUUACACGUGCAAAACGCUUACGAAAUUGGUUCUCAUGGGCGAGAUUCUUGUGGAUGUUCCUUGUGAGGCUGAUCUCCCUUCACUUUACAAGCUUGUUCUUGAAGAUGUUGUAUUCAGAGACGAAGAUUCUCAUGUCAGGCUUUUAUCAACUUGCCCCGUUCUCAAGGAUCUGGAUGUGACUCGAAGUUAUUCUGUGUAUGAUAAUGUGAGAAAGUUUACUGUGAAAGUGCCUUCUCUACUGAGAUUAACUUAUACGAAUAUAUUCUUUCAGGAAGACGAUGAUGAUACCGAGGCGUCUUUGGUUAUAGACACCCCAGAUUUAAUAGUAUCUCCACAUUGUUAACGGAUCGGGACACUCUUCCUCGAUUAACCAUAUGCCUCGUCUUAUGAGAGCAUUUAUUGGUGUUGACUUUUACCCUGAUUACAAUUUUCUGACAU